GUGGGAGUCUCCCUAGGGGGCGGAGCUUCAAGGGGGCGAGAGGUGUGGCUUGGCUGUCAGGUCCCUUUGCCUUUUGUUCGGUUACUGAGUUGCUGCCUUGGCCAGAGUCCGGAGCAGCCGCCGCCCGAGCGCCCCGAGCUCAGUUCGCUGCCUGCGCCGGCUGUCUCCCGGCCAGACCCGACCCCGACCCGGCUCGGCCCGGCUCCACGCUCAGGUACACCGGAUAGGGCCACGAUGGAGGUGAUGAACCUUAUUGAACAGCCCAUCAAGGUGACGGAGUGGCAGCAGACGUACACCUAUGACUCGGGCAUCCACUCCGGUGUCAAUACCUGUGUGCCCUCUGUCAGCAGCAAGGGCCUCCUCGAUGAGGAUGACACCUGCGGCAGACAGUACACACUCAAGAAAACUACCACCUACACACAAGGGGUGCCACAGAGCCAAGGCGACCUGGAGUACCAGAUGUCCACCACGGCCAGAGCCAAGCGGGUGCGGGAGGCCAUGUGCCCAGGUGUCUCAGGCGAGGACAGUUCUCUCCUCCUGGCCACCCAGGUGGAGGGGCAGACGACCAACCUGCAGCGACUGGCCGAACCAUCCCAGCUACUCAAGUCGGCCAUUGUACAUCUCAUCAACUACCAGGACGACGCAGAGCUGGCCACCCGGGCUCUGCCUGAGCUCACCAAGCUGCUCAACGAUGAGGACCCGGUAGUGGUCACCAAGGCGGCUAUGAUCGUGAACCAGCUGUCCAAGAAGGAGGCAUCCCGCCGUGCCCUGAUGGGCUCGCCCCAGCUGGUGGCGGCUGUGGUGCGGACCAUGCAGAACACCAGUGACCUGGAUACUGCCCGCUGUACCACCAGCAUCCUGCACAACCUCUCCCACCACCGAGAGGGGCUGCUUGCUAUCUUCAAGUCUGGAGGCAUCCCCGCCCUGGUCCGAAUGCUCAGUUCCCCCGUAGAGUCUGUCCUGUUCUACGCCAUCACCACACUGCACAACCUGCUGCUCUACCAGGAGGGCGCCAAGAUGGCGGUGCGUCUGGCAGACGGACUGCAGAAGAUGGUGCCCCUACUUAACAAGAACAACCCCAAAUUCCUGGCCAUCACCACCGACUGCCUGCAGCUCCUGGCCUAUGGCAACCAGGAGAGCAAGCUGAUCAUCCUGGCCAAUGGGGGACCCCAGGGUCUUGUGCAGAUCAUGAGGAACUACAGCUACGAGAAGCUUCUGUGGACCACCAGCCGGGUGCUCAAGGUGCUCUCCGUGUGCCCCAGCAACAAGCCUGCCAUCGUGGAGGCUGGUGGGAUGCAGGCUCUAGGCAAGCACUUGACAAGCAACAGCCCCCGCCUGGUGCAGAACUGCCUGUGGACUCUGCGCAAUCUCUCGGAUGUGGCCACCAAGCAGGAGGGCCUGGAGAACGUGCUGAAGAUCCUGGUCAAUCAGCUGAGCGUGGAUGAUGUCAACGUCCUCACCUGUGCCACGGGCACCCUCUCCAACCUGACCUGCAACAACAGCAAAAACAAGACGCUGGUGACGCAGAACAGUGGCGUGGAGGCGCUCAUCCACGCCAUCCUCAGAGCCGGAGACAAGGACGACAUCACAGAGCCCGCCGUUUGCGCCCUGCGCCACCUUACCAGCCGCCACCCCGAGGCUGAGAUGGCCCAGAACUCUGUGCGCCUCAACUAUGGAAUCCCGGCCAUUGUGAAACUGCUCAACCAGCCGAACCAGUGGCCACUGGUCAAGGCAACUAUCGGCCUGAUCCGGAACCUGGCUCUGUGCCCCGCCAAUCAUGCCCCGCUGCAGGAGGCCGCGGUCAUUCCCCGCCUCGUUCAGCUGCUGGUCAAGGCCCACCAGGAUGCCCAGCGACAUGUAGCUGCGGGCACCCAGCAGCCCUACACGGAUGGUGUGAGGAUGGAGGAGAUCGUGGAGGGCUGCACCGGAGCCCUGCACAUCCUCGCCCGAGAUCCCAUGAACCGCAUGGAGAUCUUCCGGCUCAACACCAUUCCCCUGUUUGUCCAGCUCCUGUAUUCCUCUGUGGAGAACAUCCAGCGUGUGGCUGCCGGAGUGCUGUGCGAGCUGGCCCAGGACAAGGAGGCUGCUGAUGCCAUAGACGCGGAGGGCGCCUCUGCCCCUCUCAUGGAACUGCUCCACUCCCGCAAUGAGGGGACCGCGACCUACGCUGCUGCUGUCCUGUUCCGCAUCUCCGAGGACAAGAACCCAGAUUACCGUAAGCGAGUGUCUGUGGAACUCACCAACUCGCUCUUCAAGCAUGACCCAGCUGCCUGGGAGGCUGCCCAGAGCAUGAUCCCGAUCAACGAACCCUAUGCAGAUGACAUGGAUGCAACCUACCGCCCCAUGUACUCCAGCGAUGUGCCUCUGGACCCCCUGGAUAUGCACAUGGACAUGGAUGGCGACUACCCCAUGGACACCUACAGCGACGGCCUGAGACCUCCCUACCCCGCUGCAGACCACAUGCUGGCCUAGCUGGCUCCACCUCACUCAGUAAGGCCCCUUUCUGUCUUGCCGGCCUUGCCCUCUGCCUGUAGCUGUGGUUACAGUGGCACUUCCUUUUUUCUCUGGCCUGGUGGGGACCUCUCGGUCCUGGGCUAUAAACCCUGGCUCAUUUGGGGGCGGGGAAGGAGUGUGGCAGUCCUGUGCUUUUUGGUCUGUUACCUUUUGGCCUGCUUUUCCUCUGAUGAUGGUGAAUAUGACUAUUGACUAGGUCUUACUCCGUGUUUCAGGCUGGCCUGAAAUCCAUUGUGUAGCCCAGGCUGGCCUCAAGUCUGCAGCUUUUCCCCAGCCUUAGCGACACCACCAUGCCCAGUGUCACCUUUUUUUUUUUCUUUUAUUACACUGGGAACUGAAUUUAUUGUGCCUUAUGACUGCUAGGCAGGGGCUCUACCAUUGAGCCGCAUCUCCAGCCCUGGUUUUGCCUUUUAUUAUAUUGAGAUAGUCUUGCUAAACCGUCCAGGCUAGCCUUUAAUACUUGGGAGCCCAGACAUGCCUUGAAUUUAGGAUCUUCCCGCAUUGGUCCCUUAAGUAGGUGGAUUAUAGGGCUGCACAGCGUGGGGUGGGGAGGUCCCUCCUUUACAUUAGUCCCUUGCUUGGUGAGUCUGUGCACCUCCAGCUACUUCUAAGCAAAUAAGGAAAAAGGCCAGUUUUUUUCUGGGGUCAUAGGCAGAGGUCACAAUAGCACCCUGAACUUCCAGGGGAUACAGGCCAGUCAAGCCCCUGACCUCUGUGUCCACAUGCCCCACAGGAGCUGUUUCUCACCUGGAAAGCUCUCCAGAGCAGACUGUGGGACGAGACAGUACCUAAGCCCCGGGAGCCAGCCUGGACUUCCUGCUGCACACGCGCUCCAGAGAGUUCCUCCGUAGGGAUUUUGGGAUGGUGUCUGCUCCCGCUUUUCUGUCCUGGGCUGGGGAUCCAGGCUCAGUACUUUCUCCCCCUCCCCACUAUGGCUAUGACCACUAAAGCUUUAGACUCGGCCUGUGUCCCUGUACAGCAGCCCUCUCUGCUGACUCCAGCUGCCUGGACCCCCCAGGGCUUCCUUUGUUUUUCCGGGGCCAGUUUUCUCAAUGAACUAAAGCAUCCAACUGCCCUGACCUCCUGGGAUAUCCAAGACACAGGUUCAAGGCCCAAACCCUUCACAUCCAAAGCUUCUUUUGAAAAGUUCAGGGACCUUCUUGGGGGUAGCGGGAGAGAGUGGAGACUUUUUAAGUGCCCCUGCUAGGACCUGCCCUUCUCUUCAGGAUGCUAAGUCUGCCUUGCCCCUCCCAAGGGUGAAGCUCCCUCUCACACUGCUCCACACUGGCCCAUCUGACCUGCAGAAGUGCUCUAGCUCACCCCUCUGGUGUGUGGUGAGGGGCUUUCUUCUCCCACUCCUUUUUGACUCCCACCACCUCCUGCACAUGGGUUUGGGGAGGACUGAAAUGGAAGUCCCCUCAGAGAGUCUUAUUAUCAACACUUUAUGUUUUGGUUAUUGGUUUUUCUUUCCUUUUUGUUUUUGUAUAGACCAAAGCAAAGAAAAUAAAAUAACACAGAGAUCCAA